CGGCAGGUCAUCGGUUGGACGCGAACUGAGACGUCCUGUCAAUUUUGUGUAAUCAGAAAACAGCUGAUCAAAGUUAUUCAAGUGUGAAUAAUAAUGAGAAUUCCGUGACUUAAGAGUUUCGCGUAGAAUUUUGGAAAUUAAAUGACGAAUUCACGUUAUGGCACAUACUUUUUUUGUCCGUCUUUUGAUACGUCUUUAAAGAAUUCCACGCAGAUACAAAUCGAUGUUUGCACCGCAAAGAGCGUCGUAAGGAGGGGCCACGUUAAAUGUCCACAUUAAUUAAGUACAAAUCAUAGGACUUUUACGAACGCAAAAUGCUAACGCUAGAGGAUUCAGAAUGCAAAGAUUUUUCAAAAACCGCAAUGGAAGAUGAAGAAACUAACGAGAGAAGAAACGAUGGAGAAAGCUAUGAAAAAGAUAAAUAUCCAAUAUCGAAUGGAGAAAUAUUAAGAACAGCGCUCCUUUCCGCAGAAGAUGAUGACGAUGACAUUGGAUCUCAAGAAGAUGACGUAUCCUCUGAACUUUUGUCCAUUGAAAACGAUUCAGAAGUCACUAGUGAAUCCACUGUCAGUGAUUGGGAUGACCUGAGAGCGGAUUCACCUUUGUCGUAUGUUACUUCUGUACCUAAUAAUAAAGAGUUUAUAAUAAUAACGCAGUUGGAAUCAGACAAUGCAUUAAUGACAAAGAAAUUAAAUAAUGAACGCUCUUUGGCUAACAAAAAGUCUAAAUCUCGACAUCGCUCUAAGCGACAUAAUAAAGUGUUAUUGUUGAGAAAACUGAUACCGAAGCAUGAACCAAUAGUUGAAAUAAAAGAAGAAGAACAUUCGAUCAUUUCUACCGACGUAGACGAACGUGUGCCAGCCAUGGAAGAAAUAGAUUACGAAGAGUCUUCUAUGGAUCAGCAAAAUAUUCUAGAUUCCAAAGAUAAUGCUGGCUGGUUACAAAGCUUCAGACCUUUGCCGUUAUAUUAUACUGAAAGAGGUAAACCUUAUUUAAAAUGUCCAGCAUGUGGUGCAAUGUUUUUCACUUCAAACUCAUUCCAAAAACACUUAUACUCACAUGUGUACAAGGAAGAUGAUACGUUUGUAUGUUCCUUUUGUAAUUACACAAAUACAGAGCCUGGUAUGUUAUUUAAUCAUCUAUCUAAACAUCAGGACCAAUGUGAGUUUUGUAACGAAAACUUAAUGCGUAAAAAUAAUUUCGAAAAACAUUGGGACAUACGAGCUUCGAACUUCACUAUGAAAAGAGAUCAUCGAGGAAGAUUCGUAUGUACUCUCUGCAAACUAGUAUUUGAUUUGUUACCACAGUUAGAAAAGCAUUGGUUUAAGCAUGCAUGUAAAAGAGAAAGAACUUAUCAAUGUAAGGAAUGUAGUGGAUUAUACGAAAGCAGAGAGACCCUAAAUAAUCAUAAAUGCAUGAAGUGUCCUGUUUGUGGUAAAGUUUAUGAUAGUUUGCAUCGAUUAAAAGCGCAUACAAUGUGGACAAAGCAUAACUUAAAGUGUCCAAUUUGUUCUUACGAAUUUAUUCUCGCUAUGGACCAUGAAAAGCAUUUAGCAUUGCAUAGACAAACAUAUAGUUCUAUGAAAGAUUACGAGUACUGCUUACAGGCAACAGAUGGAAAAACAUUCCAGUGCAAUCUUUGUGACAAAAUAUUUUAUGCCUUACCUUCUUUAGUCUUGCAUCUUCAGGAGGAUCACGAUAUAGUAAAUGUCAAGAAGGAAGUAAAAGAUGAUUGCAAUGAAGUGCAAAAGGAAGAGUCUGUCAGAGAUAUGAUACUCCGCGAAUUAAGAAACGAGUCUGCAAAUUAUACUAGUGGAAAUAAUAAUGUAUCCUUAGCAAACAAUAAAAUCGGACUGCAGAACGCGCUAUAAGUAUAAAUUGCAACUUUUAGAUAACGGGUAUAAAAGUAAGUCGUACAAGGUCUGAAGACGAUUGCUAAAAAUUAUUCAUAAUAAUGAAACGUGCCGUUGCUAUAAGUCACUUUGUAGUAUAUAUUAAACACAAUUAAAUACGACUGGCAACAAAUAAUUUAUAAAUUAUCGAUAAAUGCAUUCAAUCGUAUCUGAUCAAAAAGUUCUGAAAUAAACUCGCCUCUCUUUCUCUAGAGAAUAAACAUAUAUCUGUAUAUUUUUUUAGCAAUCAUGUAAAAUACAGAAUCAUCACACUCACCUCUACUCGACAUACUCAUAUGAUCGCAAAGUAAAUGAUAUUACGUUAAAAAAUAUAAUUAAGACCCUCAUGUAACUCCUCUGAUAAUAUAUAGAACUUUUUGGAUCAGAUA